AUGUCAGAUGUAAAGAAAGGCAAACCAAAAAAGAGACCAUAUAGAGAUGAAAGCACACUGACAAAUGACCAGAAAGCCAUUUUGGAAGCUCUUAAGCAAACAGGAAACCCAGCACUUAUAGAAAGCUUUUGGAAAGAUAAUGGUGAAAAGAAGUUUUAUAAGAAGAGAAGCGGUCAGUUCUGGAAGUAUCUUUGCACAUUACCUAUAAAUCUUGAACGCUACCAAAUCUUCAAUGAACUGAACAAAAGAACUGCAACACUUAUGACAGAAGACAAUUGUUUCGUUUAUGCUUGCAUUCAGGCUGGAGUAGAUGGAGAGACUAUUGACCACAUGAGAGAAG